AUGGCUUGUGAAUCGGGAUGCUGUGGCCCGCCCAAGGACCCGGCGCCCUCCCUUGGAGGUGACGGCUCACCCACGGUGCCAAACCGCGUCAAUUGCAGCGAUAACGCGAUUAAUCCACUUAAAGAGAACGAUGAAAUUGUUGAAAGCUGCAGUUCUAGCGACAUGGACAAUGCGACUUGUUCCGAUGGCUGCUGUGGCCCCAGCGAUGCAACGCUGAUAGCUGUUGAAAGGGCGCGUAUGAAUUACAGCGAUAUCGAUAAUGGCUGCCAGAAUACGUGCGACACUCCAAUCAAAAUCAACAAAGGAGUCGAGGAAGUCAAAAAAAACGAACAUUCUGCCAAAGCUGAGGGCAAUUGCGGCAAGGGAUGUUGUGGUGCAACCAGCCCGCCUAAUACGACUGAUCCAUCCAGCAACAAGGACAGUUGCGAAGGCUCCAGCUGCGAAGCGAAGCCCAGGACGGAUGACAGCAGUAAGAAAGGGUGCUGCGAUCUCAAACCUACUGAAACCGUUGAUUCUUCUUGUGUUCCGGAGAUUGAGACUGAGAAGACGUGCGAAGAUGGGUGUUGUGGCGACAAGACGGGCGAAAAGGUCGACAAUUGUUGUGGCCCCAAGACUGUGGCUACUGAAGAUCAUUGCAAGAAGAACUGCUGUGGAAACACUGACGAUACGGUCAAAGAAAUAAGAGCCAGCGAGGCAGCUGCCGAGGAAGACGGUGACUGCAACAAAGGAUGUUGUGGUUCUACCCCAAAGACCAAGCCAGUCGAAACAGACGCUGUCAAUCGUCGUGCGGCAGACAACAAUUGCUGUUUCCCGCACUCUGAGUCGGGCGGAGAGAUUAGAAAACGUGGUUGCUCGUCUACCUCUGCUGUGAAGCCGACAGUCGAAAAGGCGCCCAGUUGUUGCGAAGGCAAGACGUCGCCUUGCUGCAACUCAAGCUGUAUCGAUCGUCUUGCUUUACGGGAGUGUACGAAGGAAAGCUCUGUAGCUACCCGCACCCUAGGGAAAGGUUCGACUAGAGAGGGCAGUUGUACUGGAGGCCGAGAUGGAAAGCCAUGUCGCCGUCAUGCGCGGAGCGUCCGUGAAAUUUACCAAGCCAAGCUGGAGGCUUUGGGUUGCAUUUGUCGUGCCCUCUUGGCUCUUGGACAAGAGUCUUGCUGCGCGCCCAAUGAACGCUCAUCCUUCAAGCGGAAGCAAUUCUUGUCCAAACCAUCUCGUCCUCGCUCAUCUGUCGACUCGUGCUGCGCGCCUGGAACAAGCGGACAAGCAACUCAAACGAAGAAACGGCCAGGACCAAAGAAAGGCUGUCGUCCCGUUAGCCCAAAGAAAGAGGGAGGCGGAUGUGCCGAUGGCUGUUGUGCUAAGCCGAAGGCUCUGAACAACGCUGGAGCCUGUGCCGAUGCGUGCGGCGACGACGACAUAUCGCCUGUCCCCAUUGGGAUAAACAAACACGUCGUUCAAGAAUCACUCCGUGAAACCGACCUAGAAAAAGGCCUACAUGGAAGAGAGCAUGUCAUUCUCAGCGUGUCUGGCAUGACAUGCACAGGGUGUGAGACUAAGCUCAAACGUACCCUUGCGACUCUCUCCGCCGUGAAGAAUCUUAAAACCAGCUUGGUGCUUGCCCGCGCCGAAUUCGACAUGGACUUGAGUGCUGCUUCUCCAGAAGAUAUUAUUAAACACCUGGAACGAACGACUGAGUUCAAGUGCGAAAAGAUUAGCAGCGAGGGGGCUAGUCUCGACCUACUCUGUCCUGGCCAGCCUGAGGAUUUCAUCAACCAGCCAUGGCCAAAAGGCGUCACAGACAUCCGCAUAAUUGAAAAGAAGUUUCUCCACGUCGAAUUUGACGCAGAAAUCAUUGGUGCUCGGGAUCUAGUCGAGAAGGGCUGGGCAACUCCCAUGGAACUCGCACCUCCUCGUGCCGACCCGACCCUUCAGGCUGGUGGAAAACAUGUCCGCAACGUUGGACUGAUGACUUUGCUCUCCAUUGUUCUCACUGUUCCGGUUCUCGUAAUGGCUUGGGCCCCCUUGCCGAAGAACGAGAUUGCUUAUGGUUCCGCCUCAUUAGCACUAGCAACCAUUGUUCAGGUUGUGAUUGCCGGGCCAUUCUAUCCAAAGGCCUUGAAGAGCUUGAUUUUCUCGAGAAUGAUCGAGAUGGAUUUGCUUAUCGUGCUCAGCACAAGUGCAGCAUACAUUUUCUCUGUUAUUUCGUUCGGCUAUCUCGUCUCACACAAGCCGCUUUCGACGGGGGAGUUCUUCGAGACGAGUACUUUGCUCGUUACCCUGAUCAUGGUGGGCCGAUACGUGAGCGCUCUUGCCCGCCAAAAAGCUGUGGAAUCCAUCUCAAUCCGGUCUCUACAAACAUCAAACGCCAUUCUACUUGAUCCCUCUCAAGGACAGAAAGAGAUUGACUCACGUCUACUUCAAUACGGGGAUAUCUUCAAGGUCGUCGCGGACUCUCGCAUUCCCACCGACGGCACCGUCAUCUCAGGCUCAUCUGAGGUUGACGAGUCAAUGAUUACUGGAGAAUCUAAAGUCGUCGACAAAUACCCGGGCUCGGCAGUCAUCGCAGGCUCGAUUAAUGGCUCUGGGUCGCUUGAUGUCCGUUUGACACGGUUGCCAGGCGACAAUACCAUUAGUACUAUCGCCGGCAUGGUCGAUGAAGCCAAGCUUUCCAAGCCCAAGAUACAAGACAUCGCUGACCGCGUCGCAUCAUACUUUGUCCCUGUCGUGGUUGCCUUGACAAUUAUAACUUUUGCCAUCUGGAUAGCAAUCGGCAUCGCCGUACGCAAGCAGUCUGGCUCCGAAGCAACCAUUCAGGCUGUUACAUAUGCGAUUACCGUUCUCAUCGUUUCGUGUCCCUGCGCCAUAGGUCUCGCUGUUCCGAUGGUCAUUGUAAUCGCGACUGGUGUGGCCGCUGAACGUGGUGUCAUAUUCAAAUCCGCCGAGAGCAUUGAGGUGGCCUACAAAACCACGCACGUUGUGUUCGACAAGACUGGAACCCUUACUCAAGGAAAGCUGAGCAUUGUCCAUGAAUACUACCUCAACAAUGACCAGAACGGCACACAGGCACUGCUUCUUGGCCUAAUUGGCAGUAGCAAGCAUCCGGUAUCCGCGGCCGUUGCUACUCAUCUCAAGACGAGAGGUAUUUCCGAAACGGAAGUCCCUGACGCCAAAGCCUUGACUGGAAAAGGAAUUGAGGCGACGGUUCGUGGAAGUAUACUUCGUGCUGGCAACUCAAGGUGGUUAGGUCUCUCAUCAGACCCCAAGGUCGAAUUCAUUCUGUCACAGGGAUGCACUGCGUUCUGCUUUACCGUGGACGGUACAAUGGCUGCAGUGUUUGGUCUAGAAGACUCAGUGCGGCCUGAUGCUCUGACAACCAUUUCUAAGCUUCGAGCCUCUGGAAUCGAAAUCCACAUUCUUUCCGGAGAUGACGAUGGAGCCGUCCGGAAAAUCGCCACCCAAUUGGAUAUCCCCGAGGCUAACAUACGAUCACGUUGCAAUCCUGGUGAUAAACAGGCGUACAUUCAAAAUCUUCUAUCCGCCCCUUUUGUUCAUUCCCACAAAAAGCCUAAAAAGCCUGUCGUAAUCUUUUGCGGCGACGGGACGAACGACUCCGUUGCACUGGCUCAAGCUACAAUCGGUGUCCACAUGAAUGAGGGCACUGACGUCGCCAAAUCCGCAGCAGACGUGGUCUUGAUGCGCCCCAGUUUGGCUGGAAUCCUUGUUACUAUAGCCAUAAGCCAGAAGGCAAUUCACCGAAUUGCUUUCAAUUUUGGCUGGAGCUUCGUCUACAACUUGUUCGCCAUCCUUCUUGGAGCAGGCGCAUUCGUCAACGCCCGCAUCCCGCCCGAAUUUGCUGGUCUCGGAGAGCUCGCUAGUGUCUUGCCAGUUAUUGCAGCUGCAGUGCUGUUGCGCUGGAGCAAAGUGUGA